AUGCGAAUUCUUAUUGGAAAAGUACUGCAGAGAAUUUCAUACAAGCAGACUAUUGGACGCCGUGCAUUUUGUACUAAGAAGAUUGUUGAUAUUGGGCAGCCAACUCCUUCAUCUCAUCCAGAGUUGAUGAAAGAAGGGGAGCUUACGCCUGGCAUAACUUUGGAGGAGUACAUACUGAGAAGGAAAAGGUUACUCGAGGUGCUCCCAGAGAAUGGCUUGGCCAUCAUUGCAGCUGCGCCGGUGAAGAUGAUGAAUGAUGUUGUGCCUUAUACGUAUCGGCAAGAUGCUGAUUACUCAUACAUUACUGGCUGCCAGCAACCUGGCGGCGUGGCAGUCUUGGGUCAUGAAUGCGGUUUUUGCAUGUUUAUGCCAGAACAAACACCUCAAGAUGUGACUUGGCAAGGACAAAAUGCAGGAGUCAAUGCAGCAUCAGAAGUAUUUAAGGCUGAUAAAGCUUAUCCAAUGAGCAAAUUACGGGAGAUCCUCCCAGAUAUUAUGAGGAGAUCGUCCAAGCUGUUCCACAAUGUGCAGACUGCUCUACCAACAUAUAUGGAAAUGGAUGCCUUUCAGAAAGCAGCUACAUCUGGAGAAGUUAAAGACGUUUCAAUUCUCACACAUGAGUUACGGUUGAAAAAGUCAUCGGCAGAGCUCAAGUUAAUGAGAGAGUCUGCAUCAAUUGCUUGCCAGGCUCUGUUGCAGACAAUGUUACAUUCAAGGACACAUCCCUAUGAGGUUAUGCUCUCAGCUAAGAUGGAAUAUGAAUGCAAAAUGAGGGGUGCUCAGAGAAUGGCGUUCAACCCUGUGGUUGGUGGAGGGCCUAAUGCUAGCGUAAUACAUUAUUCUCGAAAUGAUCAGAAAAUAAAAGAAGGAGAUCUUGUCUUGAUGGAUGUUGGUUGUGAGUUUCAUGGUUAUGUCAGUGAUCUUACUCGCACCUGGCCACCCUGUGGCAGCUUUUCUUCAGCUCAAGAAGAGCUUUAUGAUCUUAUUCUUCAAACGAACAAGGAAUGCGUGAAGCUUUGCAAACCUGGUGCUACUAUUAGGCAAAUACACAACUUUUCUGUCAACAUGCUCCAAAAAGGACUCAAGGAGAUUGGGAUUCUGAAGGAGGACUCCAGACGUAGUUCGCACCAUCAGUUGAGCCGUUCCUAUUAUCAGCUGAACCCUACUUCCAUAGGUCACUAUCUAGGAAUGGACGUCCAUGAUUGUUCUAAGGUCAGCUAUGACCAUCCUUUGACGUCCGGUAUUGUGAUAACAAUUGAACCAGGAAUCUACAUCCCCUUGUUCUCUAAUAUUCCUGAGAGAUAUCAAGGCAUCGGAAUAAGGAUCGAGGAUGAGGUCCUUAUUACAGACACGGGUUGUGAGGUCUUAACUGGUUCAAUUCCGAAAGAAGUUAAACACAUUGAAUCCUUGCUAAACAACUUUCACCAUGGAAAUGUAAUGAAGAGCCACAGUAGUUGAGAAGUUUCAUCCAGUUGAUGAUUCCCUGUACAUUCGCGACAGAUAGGAAUAUGCUUGCAGUCGAAAUCCAUACCAUAUCGCACUUGUUGAGGAGCCAUUUGGAGGCAUUUUUCCGCAGGUUUUGGAUGUGAGCCCGGCUGAGUCUGUGUAUCGAAAUUUGAACCUUCAUUAAUUAGAAUCAUUGCCAAAAAUUCUGGCUAUAUAAAUGCACUGCUAUUGUUA